CUCAUUCGGGGCACUGCGAGUAUGGAUCUCCAAGGAAGAGCGGUCCCCAGCAUCGACAGACUUCGAGUUCUCCUGAUGUUGUUCCAUACAAUGGCUCAAAUCAUGGCAGAACAAGAAGUGGAAAAUCUCUCAGGCCUUUCCACUAACCCUGAAAAAGAUAUAUUUGUGGUGCGGGAAAAUGGGACGACGUGUCUCAUGGCAGAGUUUGCAGCCAAGUUUAUUGUACCUUAUGAUGUGUGGGCCAGCAAUUACGUAGAUCUGAUCACAGAACAGGCCGAUGUCGCAUUGACCCGGGGAGCUGAGGUGAAGGGCCGCUGUGGCCACAGCGAGUCGGAGCUGCAAGUGUUCUGGGUGGAUCGCGCGUAUGCACUCAAAAUGCUCUUUGUAAAGGAAAGCCACAACAUGUCCAAGGGACCUGAGGCGACUUGGAGGCUGAGCAAAGUGCAGUUUGUCUACGACUCCUCCGAGAAAACCCACUUCAAAGACGCAGUCAGUGCUGGGAAGCACACAGCCAACUCGCACCACCUCUCUGCCUUGGUCACCCCCGCUGGGAAGUCCUAUGAGUGUCAAGCUCAACAAACCAUUUCACUGGCCUCUAGUGAUCCGCAGAAGACCGUCACCAUGAUCCUGUCUGCGGUCCACAUCCAACCUUUUGACAUUAUCUCAGAUUUUGUCUUCAGUGAAGAGCAUAAAUGCCCAGUGGAUGAGCGGGAGCAACUGGAAGAAACCUUGCCCCUGAUUUUGGGGCUCAUCUUGGGCCUCGUCAUCAUGGUAACACUCGCGAUUUACCACGUCCACCACAAAAUGACUGCCAACCAGGUGCAGAUCCCUCGGGACAGAUCCCAGUAUAAGCACAUGGGCUAGGGGCCAUUAGGCAGGCACCCCCUAUUCCUGCUCCCCCAACUGGAUCAGGUAGAACAACAAAAGCACUUUUCCAUCUCGUACACGAGAUACACCAACAUAGCUACAAUCAAACAGGCCUGGGUAUCUGAGGCUUGCUUGGCUUGUGUCCAUGCUUAAACCCAGGGAAGGGGGAGACUCUUUUGGAUUUGUAGGGUGAAAUGGCAAUUAUUCUCUCCAUGCUGGGGAGGAGGGAAGGAGGGGCUCAGACAGCUUUCAUGCUCAUGGUGGCUUGGCUUUGACUCUCCAAAGAGCAAUAAAUGCCACUUGGAGCUGUACCUGGCCUCAAAGUUUAGGGAUUGAAAACAUGCUUCUUUGAGGAGGAAACCCCUUUAGGUUCAGAAGAAUAGGGGGUGCUUUGCUCCCUUGGACACAGCUGGCUUAUCCUAUACAGUUGUCAAUGCACACAAAAUACAACCUCAUGCUCCCUGCAGCAAGACCCCUGAAAGUGAUUCAUGCUUCUGGCUGGCAUUCUGCAUGUUUAGUGAUUGUCUUGGGAAUGUUUCACUGCUACCCGCAUCCAGUGACUGCAGCACAAGAACACGAUUAAUGUAACUAUGCGGAGUUGUUUGGACUUCUUUCUGUGCCAGGUCCAAGUCGGGGGACCUGAAGAAUCAAUCUGUGUGAGUUUGUUUUUCAAAAUGAAAUAAAACACACUAUUCUCUGGCCUUUGGCUGCUUUCUUGAAACAA